UAAUGCAUAAAAAAUUUGUAUUUCAGCGUGAUGCACGAGUAGAUCGGGACCCACACUUUGGGAAUCUCUGCUCCAAAGGUUAACAAGACUGUAUGGGCAGCAUCGAUGAAUGAAUCCUGUUGCGCAGACCGACCGGUAGCUUUCAUUGUAAAAGCGUCGAUAGCUACUGUAUAGUCAGUCCAGGCUUGCGGGGUGAACCUCGAUGCACGAGUUUGGUCAACUGCUUUUUUUCCUUGAUUUUGAUUGCGGAUUACAACCGGUGAAAUUGCACGGUACUAAUUAUUUUCGAGUACGGUUAAUUGAUGCUCUAAUCGAGAAUGGUGUAUCGAGAAACAUGCAAAAGAAGAGAUGUUUUCGAAACGAAAGCGACGGUCGGUAAAACCUAAAGGGAGCAGGCGUGGACCGUGGGUUCGAGUCGGGCGUGGGGAUGAACUCUACGGGGAAUGCGAGAGGGAGGAGGACUGGGGCGCUUCCUGUGGUUGGCACUAGCCUAAAAAAGCUCCAUAAACAGAAUCGCAGCCGAAUGUCUUUUCAAUGCAACGAAAAUGGUGAAGUGUGGGAAAAAGUGGGCAUUGAGUAAAGGCUUCGACAGCUCGAACCAUGACAGAGGCGUCAGAGGAUGGUAACUAUCUAGUAAGGGUUUGUGCCCAAGUGAUGACAAGAGAUGAUAGUUCAGGUUGUUGGGUUCCUGUAAAUGGCGGUGGUUUGGCAAAUGUUUCUGUUAGACGAAGAGCAACUUCUUCGGGUGGGCAUCAGCCUAAUAAUACCAAUGGAGCUGAUAUUUCUGCUACGACUGCCUCUUCUACCAACUCUACACACUCUGUAUCGGGUACAGCUGUCAAUACCCAAAAUCAUGGAUCUUCUAGUAGUUCCCCACCUGGUGCGACUAAGAAGAGGCACGAGUAUCUUAUUUAUGGGAAACGCAACGCUGAUCAAGCAGUUGUUCUUAGCUGUACAAUUAAAAAAGAUUUUCAAUAUAAUAAGGUAAUGCCAACCUUUCAUCACUGGAGAACUGGGGAGAAAAAGUUUGGACUGACGUUUCAAACAGCUGCGGAUGCAAGAGCUUUUGAUAAAGGUGUCCGUACAGCUGUUGAAGAAUUGUUAGAAGGAUUGACCAAUUCAUCAUUAUGCGGCAAUACAUCAGAUGCUGGUGAUGAAGAUGUUUUUAUGACCUUGAAUUUACCUGUGGAACCACCAGAACCACGUCCAUCAUCGGAUACACCCCAUGGAAUAGUUAGAGUGCCCAAAUAUCAUUCCCAGUGUUCAGAUCUUCCUGAUUCACAGAAACCUAUUCAUUAUAUCGGUGGACCAUCUAUAAAAGUGCCACCGUCUCAACAUCCUCUAGCAUCGUCUGAAGAUGUUGGAUCAGAUAACUAUCCUUAUGUGCAGCUCACGACGCUUAAUCACGAAUAUUUAUAUCCCAUCAUUGGUGAUCAUAAAGGAGAUCGGUUAAAUAGACAUAAUACUAGCAGUUCUUUGAAGAAACCGGAUAUCAUAGAAUCUCAGCCCACAAAAAAUACUAUGAAACGUAAUGUUCGAUUACGAUGUAAACAUUGCCAAGAGCUGUAUACGGAACAGCACAAUCCUAGAGGAUCUUGCGAGUAUGCUCCUGAUCCUAUCAAACGGGGAAUCGCAAAAGUUUCAUGUUUAUCUUGUGCUCAGGGCAUGUUGUACCACUGUAUGAGUGAUGCUGAAGGCGAUUUUUCUCAGAAUCCUUGCAGUUGUAGCACAGAAGAAGGAUGUGGACGGAGGUGGUUUGGUUUGGCGUUAUUAUCACUGAUCGUUCCUUGCUUGUGGAUUUAUCCUCCAUUAAGAGCUGUUCAUUGGUGUGGCACGUCCUGCGGAAUGUGUGGAGGACGUCACCAUCCGAUGGAAUAACUGGAGGAACCCUUUGAUAUCUCUGCUCCAUACUCAGUCGGAUCGGCCAAUUUUUCUUCAUCGCGUGGCGCCGUGGCCAACGUGUAUGAAUGUCACGAUCUGAGUAUGGGUCGUUGUCAGAGGUAUCAAAGGGGUAGACAACUUCCAGUACAUGCACUUAUCCAUCAGCGUCAUCUUUGAAAUAAUAAUUUGUUUGAAAAAACGAAAAAAAAAAAAAACAAAAAAAAAAGAAAAAAAACAUGAACACAAAUUAUCGCAUUUAGCCCUGAUACCAUGUAUAUUCCAUACAUUUUGUAUAUUUUAUUAGCAAAAUGCAUUAUUUAGUCACAUCUGUACAUUGAACAAUUUCAAAAUGGACGUUGUUUAGUAUUUACUCUGAAUGAUUGGUCCAUGAACAUUAUUUGGACUGACCAACUAUUUGUGAUACAUUGUGCACACUGUGAGAAUUCAGUCGAGAAACGAGACAUAAUUUGUUAUUCCCAGUUUGAAAGCUAGUUUUUGCCUCGUACGAAGCUGUUAAAGUGAAAAUGAUAAAGGUACUGUUUGCUAUAUCAUCGUAAGAUUCAAUUUUGCUGCGAUUGUCGAACAAGAGAGCAUAGAAAAUUAAAAAUUUUCUUUUUAUUAUAAAAAAAUUAUAUAUAUUAUUUAUUUUAGUGCUUUCUUGUGCUUUGAAUUUGAUCUUAUAAUAAUGAGAUUUUACUAUUGUAGGAUACAUUAUUUCGAUUCUUACUUCCUUUUUCUAUUACGUUUUGUAUAAUAUAUAUUUAUAUAUAUAUAUGUAUACACACAUUAAACCCAGUGCUGACAAUAUUUGUCUUAUAGUUCUGUAGUUUUUUGUAUAAUUUAUUUUGGAAGAAAUAAUCUGAAUUAAUUUGAUGUUAAUUGCAAAAUAUGCAAAAUGUAUGUUUUUGCAUUGAAGUUUACGAUAUUUAAAAAAAAAAAUCGUAAAGGUUCGUAAUCUUCUUUAAUAAUUAGCACAAACUGGUUAACAGAAGCUGUUUGCACUUUCAUAAAUAAGUAUCAAAAUUAAUGUUAACUACUGCAUUAUAAUUU